CGGUUGGUGGCUGCUCACGCUCAUCAGCAGAAACGCGAACUAGUCGGCUGGACGUCCUAACGGUCGCCGACGGCGCCGCCAGGGGGCGCUCGGUCCCCAGCCUGGCCGCGUGCCGCCGAGCUGCCUGGUCUCCCAGCGACGCGGCGCUCGCCGGGGGGCGCGGGGGGGCGCGCUGGCCUCGCAGAGCUUCCCGGGUCGGCUCCCGGGUGGUGGCGGCUGAAGCAGACAGUGGCGCCUGGACUGCUGUGGCGCCGGCCUGGCCCUUCUGUGGGGCCACUUUCUCUAAACUUUUUACCCCCAUGAGUCAACUCUUUCGACGUGCGAUACAGAUGGGAAAGCGCUUUCCUGGCCUGUGUUUCUCGACGCUUCUCCACAGCCCGGGGAGCAUUGAUGGCGUUGAAUGGAACCAGAGAGAUAGCCACAAAGGUGCUGGCUCUGACUGCUGGGGAUGGAAAGCCGCCCUGAGGCAGCUGACCACCUGCACUGGCCCAGGUUGGAGCGGCUGUCCUGUCAUAAAGCCCCCUAAGAUGUGAUGUCACACACAGAGGGGCUGUAUUCUGGACUCCUAGCCUUAGCGGCUCAGUGCCCUUCUCAGAGGAAAGGCGGGCAGGCUGCCUGAACACGGCCGUGAUCGCAGGAAAGGUCAAGGUUGGCGUAUGUGACUGAAAAUGGUGUUUGGUAUAUGCGGCCAGAAGGAGAGGCUCUACAGGGCCCUGUACGUAGUGCAGAUCUUCAUUCUUGCAGGAAUGGUAUACUAUUAUUUCCAGGAGUUUGUGGGGAAAACAGCUCCAGACCACGCGAUUGCUGGGGAAUCAUCACCGUCCAUAGGAGAGACCUUGAGGCCACUGUGGGGGCUGAUGGAUAAGUGCUACCCUGUGGCCAUUCAGAGACGCAGAGUCAGGAGUGGGAAGAAGCAGGCCUCCAAGGCCACAGCCCCUGAGACUCCGGGAGGACUGGAUGAUGCUGCCCCCAAGGAGGAGACAGACAUCCUGUCUCAGGGGGAGAAGGACCCGGAGGGGGAGGGGAGGGUCCCAGGCCAGGGAGCAGCCAGCCCCACUCCUGCUGGGAAGGAAGUGGCUGAGGAGAAGCAGGUGGCAGGGAGCCCAGGCUGGGAGGUAAGGAGGCCUGGUGCCCCAAGCAGUGCCGGGCGGUGGGCAGGCUGUGGGGAUGGAGAGGGGGCUGGGCACCCCCAACAUGACGGGGCCAAACUGCAUCUCAGUAGAGCAGCUCUCUGUGGAGCUGAGGGGAGCAGAGGCGGUGUGAGUCCUGGCCUCCCUGACUUCUCGUGUAGCGAGGCCUCAGUUUCCCCAUCUGCACUGUAGAGCCUGUCUCAUCCCACCAUGCCCUUCUUUCCCAGGGAGAUAAGAAGGUCCCAAAGGA